AUAGAGAAAUAUAAUAUUACCAAAAGGAAAUCAGUCUAUGUUUAUUUUCCAUAUAAUUUUUUAUCACGGCUUUCUUCCAUGGCUUUUUUGUUAUUAAAUUUAAAAUUAAAUAGUUUAUCUAUAAAUAUUGAGUCGUAACAUUAAACAUGUCCUUAGAGUCAAACGAUGAAUCGUUCCAUAUUGAUUAUGUUGACGUCAAUAAAGAAAGGAAAGAAAAUGGUUCUGCGUGUGAUUUAACAAGUGAUUCUGGAUUAUCAACACAAGAUACCUGUUCCACUGUGUAUACUGCUACUAUUGACUCCGAAAUAUCUUCAACUAAAUCUGCUGAAAAUCAUGAAAAGUGUAUUAAUUAUGACAGCAUUGAAGAAGUUCAAGAUUCCUUGUUAUCGAGCCCUUUAUCAACAUCCCUUGAUGGGAAUGAUGAAAAAGAAAGCACCACGUCCAAGAGACAGUUAUCUCCAACCGACCUGACCAGUUCUGAAUCGGAAAGUUCACCAACCAAAGAAAUAAAUGAAGUAUGUUGUGACAAACUUAAUCAAAGUGAAAGUGAUUCAUUGGGACCUGAUUUACUUAACAGUAAGCCUUUAAACAUUACUGAAAUUAUACCUUACUGUAAUGAUAACAAACCAGAUAUAAAAAGAAUACAUAAUAACUCACUUGCAACAUCAAGCACCAGUUUGAAUGAACAAAAUAUAACUUCUGUUAAUAAUAUUACUAUAUUAAAAUCGUCUUAUAGCAAAAGUGCUGAAAACAUAUUGGUAACAGAACAGAAUUUGAAUGAGAAAACAUCUGUUCCCAAUCUAAUAAAUGCAGACGAAAUCUUGACUGAGUUUACAAAUCAAAAAAAUAAAGUUUCUGCAACACAAAAGAUUCCACAACAUGCACAAGGUAAUAGUCAAGCUAGUUUAGAUACUCGGUAUGCUAGAUUGCCAAAAGAAUUAAUACCUCAAGAUUUGGGUAGUAUUGUUAAAAAUGUCCAUGGCAUUUUCUCCACUGUUAGCGGUAGCUUAAAGAAUGCAUAUAAUAAUACCCACAGAAUAUCAAUACAAAAGGCACCUAUUAAGAAUAUGACAAGACCGAUACCCAAUGGUAAGGUAAUGAAUUAUAUCUUUGAAGAAGAAACUACAGAAGAGAAACAUUUGGAAAAUUUAGACAGUCAAGAAAAGGCAAAUGAUAGUAACAUCUCUGAAACGUAUAGUGAAGUGAAACAUGAAGAAUAUGAUGAGACCGGUAGUGAUUCUAAAAAGGAUAUGUUGAAAAUGCAAGUUGAGACACUAGAACAAUUAUUGGCUGAGCAGAGAAAGGAGAAUGCAACAUUGAGAGAAAGAGUAAAACAACAUUUGGAUGAGUUGCAGGAGAAAGAUCAGAUGUUCAAAGAUUUGGAGAAUAAGAUGGACCUGAUGAGCAAACGAAUGGAUCAAGCUGAACGAGAGAAAGAUGCAGCUGUAAUGCGCUAUGCAAGCGUAGAGUGCAUGAGCAUAGAGGCGAGGCGUGCCGCGGACAAAGCUGCAGCUGCUGAAAAGGCAGCAUUGUCAGAAGUAGAGCUUCUGAAUAGUAAAUUAAAGUCAGCUCACGGAGAGAAGCAUAGGAUCUGUCAAUUGUAUGAUGAUAAGUGUCACGAGCUGUUGAAUAGUGAGCGUGAGGUUUCUAAGGUGCGCGAGGAGCUUCGCGAGUUGGAGGGUCGGCUCAAAUGGACUCAGAGCAAAUUAAGGAUGGAAAUGGAUGCUUACAAGGAGAGUGCUGAGAGAGCAGAAAAACUGUCACAACAAGUGACUGAAUUGGAGGCAGCUAAAGAUGCAGCUGUUGCUAACGCCGGAGAUACUGUUAGGGCAAAACAGUUGGAAUCAGAGUUGAAAGAGAGUCAAGCGGCCCUCAUACUGUGCCGACACGAGAAGCAAGAGCUGGACAAACAGCUUACGUCCCUCUCACAACAACUGGACUCGUGCACGAGAGAGCGAGACAACGCUACUGCUGCCCUAAACAUCGCUACAACCGAGGUAGAGCAUUUGAAAGCCAGCAAUUUGCGGUUAGAAGAGGAAGCGGCAGAAUUGGCAGCACUAAGAGCUCAGGCAGCCGUAGCGGACACACUCAAUGGACAAUUACAAAGAGAGACAGAGCGCUGCAAUCGUCUGGAGGCGUCCUUGUUGGAGGCGCGAGCGCUCGCUGAAACGUGCGCGAAACGUGAGGCCGCCGCGCUGGAGCACGCCGCCACACUCACACAGCAACACGUCAUACAGCGGGCGGACCAACACACGCACAGGGACAAGGUACAAGCCCUGACAGCGGAUAACGCGUCGCUCCGCGAACGUGUAGCAAUCCUGGAAGAGGAAUGUUCUAAACUUCAGACGGCCCUAAAUGAGGAGACGGAGAGGCGGAACAAAGAAAAUAAAGUCUUAGCUAGAAAGGUAGCGGAAUUGACAGAAGAAGUUGCAGACGCGAACAAAAAAAUAGAGUGGGAGAAAGGGGAGAAUGGUGUGCUAAAAAAGAAACACGCCAGUGCCAUAAAGGAGUUGAACCGCGAGUUGCAUCGCGCUCUGAAGCGAUGUGAGCAGCUCGAGGCCAAGCUACCACCACCAGACGCUGCGUCCACUAGAACAGGAUCAGUGACGUCACUUAGCAGCGGGGACAGCGCCCCGCACGACGAUCGUCUCACAAACGGACACGCGGACGCAGUACCUGAUAUACAAGUGCGCGAACCCGACAGGCAGGCGUUGAUAGAGCGUAUAGUGUCGCUGCAGCGCGCGGCCGCCAGGCGCGCCGACCGCUGCGAGUUCCUGGAGGAGCACGCGCGCCAGCUCACCGCCGAGUUGCGCGCCAAGUCCAAGCUGCUGCGGCACCUGUUGUGUACACUGCCCGCGGGCGCGGUCACCACCAACGACAGGGACGUCAACAAGAAAGAGAUAGCACGCCUUGGCGGAGGAGCAAUGGCGGCAGUGUGGGGCGGUGACCCCGCGGGUAUGACACUGGAAUUGUCACUGGAAAUGAAUAAACGGCUCCAAGCUGUGCUAGAAGAUGCUCUCCUUAAAAAUAUCACAUUAAAAGAAAACAUGGACACGUUAGGAGCUGAAAUCUCGAGGCUAAAAGAACAUAAACCUCCUGACUCAAGCAAGGCAAACUGA